AUAUUAAAACCAAUUCAAAUCUCAUCAUCUAACUCAUGCAAAGGAUAGGAUCAUCAUCGAUCAUAGGCCUCUUUCAUCUCUCAUUCCCCGUUGCAAGAUCCGCCGUGUAAUCACAUUAUUAUUAUUCUCCUUCAUGCCGCCACUGCCUCCUCCUUCUCCUUCGUCUUCUUGAUCCCUUUCAGCGAAAGAGAUCGAGAAGGCCGAAAGAAGAAAGGAGGAGGAGGUUUUUAUUUUCAUUUUUGAGGAUUCGUCUAAUAACCAUCCAUAAAAAUAAAUAAGUGAAAAUGGGUGGUGGCGCUCAAAUUGAAAAUGGUGGCAUGGAAGGGUGGCUCUAUCUUUUCACGUACAAUAGGCUUGGCUAUCAAGUCUCACGUAAGAGAUACUUCAUUCUCAAAGAAAAUCUUCUUAGUAGCUUCAAAAACCAGCCCCUCUCCGUCGUCAAGGAGCCAAAUAGAAGUGCAAUUAUAGACUCCAGCGUUCGUGUUAAUGACAAUGGAAGAGAGAGCAUCAACAAAAAGGUGUUCUUCAUCUUCACAGUAUAUAAUGCUUCAAACCAAAGGGAUAAGCUUAAGUUGGGAGCAAGUAGUUCAGAAGAAGCUGCAAAAUGGAUUCGUUCAUUGCAGGAUGCUGCUAUGAAGGAGCCUCCAAAUCUGCUGGCUUCUCCUUUGCCAAAAAAAUCAUCUCUAAGAAAGGGCGGUUCAAAAAGGCCAGAUUGGGUGAAAUUCUCAUUUGACUGGCAAUCAUGGAUAUACAGUGAAGCAAUGACCUCUGAUGUUAUUGAUCAUUCACCAUGGCAGAUUUUUGGUUGCUACAAUGGACUAAGGAUGUUCAAAGAGGCAAAUCCUCGUAGAGGUUGGGGUGAUAUACCUGUAAUGAUGGGAGUGGGUGUGGUUGAUGCAAGUUCAGAAGCUAUUUUCCACACUCUUAUGUCUCUUGGUCCUUCAAGAUCAGAAUGGGACUUUUGUGUAUACCAGGGCAAUGUGGUUGAUCACAUUGAUGGUCACAGUGAUAUUAUUCACCUUCAGAUGUAUAAUGAUUUUCUACCAUGGGGAAUUAAACCACGAGAUAUGCUGUUAAGAAGGUAUUGGAGAAGAGAGGAUGAUGGCACAUAUGUGAUAUUGCUCCAUUCUGUUCAUCAUAAAAAGUGUCCACAAAAUAGUAACUUCGUCCGUGCAUCCCUUAAAAGUGGAGGAUAUGUAGUAACUCCAGUUAACAAAGGAAAGCAAUCAGUAGUAAAACACAUGCUUGCAAUUGAUUGGAAGUUAUGGAAAUUGUAUCUGAGGCCUACAGCAUCAAGAUCCUUGACCAUUAGAAUGCUAGAGAGAAUUGCAGCACUGAGAGAGAUGUUCAAAUCAAAAGGGGAGGGAGAAAGUGUAGAAAAUAUUGCAGCAGAUAUAGGGAUACCAGCAACUCCAGCAAAUGAGAAGGAGGAUAAUGAAGUAAAGACAGGAGAUAAUAGCAGCAAAAAGGUAGUGGACCUUAUGGAAGUGGAAGAUGAUGCUCCCAAAGAGGGUACAAGGAGAACAAGUUUGGUUGGGUUGCAUGAGUCAGCUGAUGAGUUCUUUGAUGUUCCAGAGCCUAUUGACCAAGAUCAUCUUGACAAUGACUGGCAAUUUGACAAUCAAACUUCUCAGUCUCCAUUUCACCCCAAGUUACCAACACCUGCUGGUUUGGUGAAAAAGCUGCAGGGCCUUGCAGUUCAGAAAAAAGGGUAUAUGGAAAUACCAGAGGUAGCAUUGGAGACAGAUGAGCCAGCUUAUGGAACUACUCUUCAAAAAGAUUUAACUUGUGAUUCACCAUGCAGUUGGGCUGAAUCUGAUCCAUCUUUGUAUUUGAUUCGCGGCCCAACUUAUUUGACAGAUAAUCAAAAGGUCAAGGCAAUAGGCUCCUUGAUGCAACUUGUCGGCGUGGAUUGGCUCCGAUCCGGUGUGAGAGAAGAUAAUCUAAGUAGUCGGCCUAGUAGCAUAGUUCAAAAAUAUGCAGCAGCAGGUGGUUCAGAAUUCUUUUUUGUUAUCAACAUACAAUUGCCAGGGAAUCCAUUGUAUUCUGCUGCACUCUAUUACAUGAUGAGAACUCCAUUGGAAGACAAUUAUUUACUGCAUAAUUUUGUUGAAGGAGAUGAUGCCUACAGGAAUUCAAGAUUUAAGUUGAUACCAUACAUUUCUAAGGGAUCAUGGGUAGUGAAGCAAAGUGUUGGAAAGAAAGCAUGUUUGUUGGGGCAAGCGCUAGAAGUAAAAUAUAUACGUGGGAAGAACUAUUUAGAGCUUGAUAUCAAUGUUGGAUCUUCAACAGUUGCAAGGGGAGUUGUAAACCUUGUUCUUGGAUACCUUAACAAUUUGGUCAUAGAAAUGGCAUUUUUAAUACAGGGGAACACACAAGAGGAGCUCCCAGAGAUACUUAUUGGAACAUGUAGACUCAAUCAUUUGGAUUCAUCGAAAGCAUUUAUGGUCAAACAAUAAUGAAAAUUAGGGUUGUUGUUGGGCUGGGCUUUGAUAGAAAUUGGGUCAGUAAGUGGGCCUGUCAGGGACCAGAAUCAUUGGUCCGACUGGUCAAAGCGUCAUCUAUUUUGAGAAAAGUGAAGAGCAUGGCAACUCUUCACUACAGUUCAUGCUUUCAUUUCUGGUGGAUAUGCCAAUGCUAUUGCUAUUUCUAGGAGAGUUUCCCUUUUGUAAAACUUAAACCUGUUGUUCCCUUUUGCAGUUUUGCCUCUUUAUAGUGAUAUAUAAUUAAAUAUCUUUCACUUCAUACUAA